CCACAAUUCACAGGCUCCGCCUCUAUCCAUUCACAUUAUUUGUGAUAAUCCUCCUGUUCUUAAAUUACUUGCAGAAUCACUAUAUUCCUACGCUCUUUGUCGCCUUGAUAAGCAUCAACUCCCUUCUCAAUCUGGAAUUAUUACCAUGGAGACAGACGAUUCAUCUAUGGAGAAGUACUUUGCUCUUCUCAAGCAACAAAAGUUACAGCUCAAAGAAGCUCAAGCCUACAAAGGACAGACGCCCCCGGCUUCAAUAAAGCGCUCCCGGAGUGCCCUUCAGCAAGAGUUUUAUCUCGCCGCAUUGGGCGCACGCAUGCGCAGCUUGUCUCACGAACAUGUCGUCCGCAGUUGUUUCAUAGGCGCAGCGUAUCCGCCCUGUACUCUGCCUCUCUCCAGCCUCGUACCGAUACAUCUUCGCGAUCUCACGCUCGAAACGCAGCAUCGUGGUCGUGUCCUCAUCCUCAGAGCUUUCUGUGAGCCAAACGUGAUAGUGGCCAUCCAGAAUGCAGUCGAGGAUGAGCGCGGAGACGUGGAUCGCCUCGCCAUCUAUAACCUGCCCCCGACUGCUGAAGCCAACGCAGUUCUUCCUCAGGGUGCCAUCGUGGCAAUCAAAGAACCAUACUACAAGCGCACCGCUGAUGGUGGCCUCUUUGUGCGAGUCGAUCAUCCUACCGACUUUGUGCUGCUCAAGCCCGGCAAUAGCAUCAUUCCCCGGGCUUUAGCACCCCGCACAAAGAAGUUGAAGCAGUCGGCGAUUGGCCUGAAGGAGGAGGGCAAUGCAAAAUUCAAGAGAGGCGAUUUCCAAGUGGCCGUUGAAAUCUACUCCGAUGCCCUGGAGGCUUGUGGCCUGGAUGCAGGUGACGAUGAACUUCGGCAAGAUCUGCGCCGAAAUCGUGCCGCUGCAAACUUGCGCCUUGGUCGCUUCGAGCUGGCUAUCAAGGAUGCACUGGCUUCCAUGAUCUCAACUGAAGAUGCAUCGGAAGCAGUCAAGAGGAUAAACAUCAAGGCCCUUUACCGAGCAGGUAAGGCCGCCUAUGAGAUGCAAGACUUUGCUCAAGCAAAACGAUGCUUUGGCCAGGCACUUGAACUCGAUGGAGCCCACAAAGAGUCUCGAGAUGAAUUUUUUCGGACUGUGAAGCGCAUCUCGGAACAGGAGAACGGAGGCUAUGAUUUUUCGAUGAUGGCCAAGUCUGCUACCGCGCAGCAUUACCAACUGGAUCACGCUUCCUUUAUGAGACGUGUCAAAGUUGGCCCGGCAGAGGGCCGUGGUCGUGGACUCUUUGCUACGGAGGUGCUGAAGCCAGGUGAUAUCGUUUUUGUAGAAAAAGCUUUCUACGUAGCACAUCCGGACCAAGGGGACAUAUCGGUGCUUCUCAACGUCAACACCGAUCGCGUCUCUCUCGGAACACAUAGCCUACGGCUCCAGGGGAUCGUUGAAAAGAUAACCUGGAAUCCAACGCUUGCCAAUAAGUACACUGAUCUUUUCGAUGGCGGUAAGUUUGGCAACGACAAGGAAUUUAAGGUGGUUGAUGGAAGAGUUGCCGUGGAUACGUUCCGGGUCCAAUCUAUUGCAGAGCUCAAUGGCUUUGGUUGCCCCAGAGUCAAAUCAGGAGACAAGGAGCAACGCGAAACAGAGAAGACAGAUCUUGAUCAAAGCACGGGUAUCUGGCUGCAGGCAUCGUACUCGAACCAUUCGUGUCUCCCAAACGCGACCCGAGCCUUCAUAGGCGACAUGAUGGUAGUCCGCGCCGCACGAGAUAUUCCAGCCGGGGGAGAAAUCUUCAUGGGAUACGGCGCCCUAGAGAAGCCCUUUGCCGAGCGGCAGAAGAGAUUAAAGAAUAGCUAUGGGUUUGAGUGCGAUUGCGACCUCUGCCGCGCAGAGGCAAAGGUUCAAAAGGCCACCAUGGACAAGCGCGCUCGACUCUGCAAGGAAAUCGACUCAUUCUUGUCCGCGAAUGAAGUGACCAAUCGCAACCAGUUUACCUUCUCGGCGGCAAAGAAGGCUAGGGCGAAGAAACUCCUGGGAGAAAUCCGAGAGACGUACCCCAAGGCACACUUUGAGCGUCUUCCUCGGCCGGACUGUCUGCAUAUCAAUUUUUGGGUGGCUAGAACAUCUGGCGGGAACCCUCAACAAGCACUCGGCAAGUUCCUAGAUGUUCUUCGCGAUUCGGGCUAUUUUGUUAGCAUUCAAGGCACAAACGUGACGAUUGAUCGUAAGGCGGCGAUUGGUUAUAGUGCUGCAAUCCACGCAGCAAUGUACGCCUCCCAGUGCUUGAUGGCCGUUGGCAACCACGGCGCCGCUUCUGCGCUCGAGGCUUUGGGUAGAGAGAUUUUUACCGCCCAAACCGGCGCUGAUGAAGGGUUCGAACUGGAGUUUAUGCUCUGAGAUUUGGCACCCUUAGACAUUAUGCUGUAGACUUUUGUUCGCUUAACUCAUCAAUGAGUAGGCAGGGCAGGACUGCUCCAGCGAGUCAUUUUAUUUGGCGAGACAUUGAGAACUGAGCGAAGGGGAAUGAAAAAUGAUAUCUUGACUAUAGGAAGCCAGCGCAUACUCGAGGAUUCUUAACUAGUAAUAAGAACAAUCACCUCUGAAAUACCCGCCCUUGCCAUUUCUGAGAGGAAUCAGUGAGAAACUGGUGGCCAGAGUCAU